GUAUCCGAGUGUUGUCUGUCCGGGUGUUGUGUCUCUGGGUGUGGUCCGUCUGGCUGUUGCCUGUCCGGGUGUUGUCUGUCCGGGUGUUGUCUGUCCGGCUGUUGCGUGUCCAGCUGUUGCGUGUCCAGCUGUUGCGUGUCCAGCUGUUGCGUGUCCAGCUGUAUCCGGGUGUUGUCCGUCCGGCUGUUGUCCGUCCGGCUGUAG